AUGAAUUCUGAUAGCUUUCUAACGAGCGAUGACGGGCCCUACCGAAACGCUCCAUUUCAUCUCGGAGCCCAGGUGACUUCUUAUUCCGACUGUCCGGUUGAUUCGGACGCCGGGGUUGGCAGCUCAAUCGCCCCAUCAUCUCCUCACCUGAAUUUCAAAUCGAUUGGCACAACACAGGCUAUUUUGCACUAUGACGACCCAGCUCGAAGCGCCCCACAGAUAGCUUCAUUUGACGGACCCCAAGUUCAGGCUCAAACUGCCUACCUGGAAACGACGGUUGAAAAACUCCGCACAGAGUUGGCUCGCGUCCGAGACAGCAAUUCAAUCACGGAUCUUUCAAACUCCCGUCUUAGUUUGUCUUCUAUUGAAAGAGAUCUUGCUUCAAAAUUCGACUCGCCCAGUUCAAAGUAUCGCCAUGUUUCACGGCACUUCGCCCAGCUUCAAGGGGUCUAUGGGAAAGCGUUCUCCGACAUUUUUAAGGUUGUUUCUGCAGAGGCUGGUCCACGCUCGAAUCUCAACUCUAUCCAAUCGACCCUCGAGAGCUCCAUUGAUCCAAUUGCCGAAGAAUAUAAAAGUUUUAUUGGGUCUCUUGAAUCUCAGUUGGAUACCCUAGCAGGGACACCAACUAAGCGGAAUACGCGAACAGAAGCUGCCCCGACGAGUACGGUUCUAACAAGUUCUGCGAGCCGGUUCGAUCCAUUCGCAACCCAGAAAGAAGAAUCCGAUGUUAAGACAACUAGAUUACAAACCCCGAGCUCAGAAGCAGCUGCAAAUGAUAUAUGCAUGACUGAACGAUCACCCACUUUUCACCAGGAUGGCCGGUCAGCAGUAGCCGAGGUACACGAAGGAGAAGGAAAAAGACUUCCAGGGCUGAAAACCGAGAUGGAGCAGCCUGAAAUCGUCAAAACCAAGGCGUUUGUAGACGCAAACGAGGCGCAUUUGGAACCAGCGAGUGCAACUCAAGUAGAUGGUAGACUGCUCGGCAGUUUUCAGGAGCUUCAAAUUCGCCACGCAACUACCGUUGAUGAGCUUGAGCAUGUCAGAACACAGUAUCUCACUACGUUAAGAGAGCUGGACGAGAUGACAGCUCAGCACGAGGAGGCACGGCGGAGGGUGCAAUCAUCCUCGAGGCUCCACCAGUCAUCUCUAGCCAGUUUAACCACCUCUUAUUCUACCCCAAGCACAACUUCCGCUGCUUCUCCUUCCUCACCCAUCUCCUUCUCGCCACGAAGAUUCCCAGUGCAUAAUGGUUCUUCCUUACUCACCAAUCGCCGUUCACGUUGGCAAGACUAUGCUGUAAGGCCCAAAAAAGAUGUAGCUGAAAAGGAGGUGCUACUUCAGCCGAUUCAAGUGGGUGAUCAGGCGGAGCAGCCCCGAGCUCAAGAAGAGAUUUACAGAAAUGCCCUACAGCUAUCCUUAGAAGACAGCUCCCAUCGCUCGAUACCUACCCGGAAUAGCAGAAAUGUACCAUCGACAGGAUCUUUAAAAAGAGGUUAUUCGAAUUCGGGAACCCCGAGUCUCCAACCUCUCAAUCUUCCGCUGAUCCGCUCUUCAUUUUCAUCUAUACCACAAUAUUCAGUCCUCCGAGGGUUAAUGAGGUCUCCAAAUUCACCCGCCCCUGUAUCCUCUGUCGCAGAGUUUUCCUCGCCUGUACCGGUCAAUUUCGCCAAUGAUCAAUAUACCCCUCAUAACGCCGAGCGAAGCCAUGAGAGCUUGGAAAGGGAGGUCCUUCAACUUCAGCAAGUCUUGAAAGAACGUGAGGAGGAAAUUCGGGAGCUGGAGUUAACAAUUCGUCAAGCCCCUUCCUUGAGCGAAUUGGUGGAUUCUCCCAAAUCAGAUCACAGCGUCGACCCAAGCGGCUCGAACGGCUAUGCCCACGUCUCAAUUCCCAAAAUUUCCCAAAAUUCUAACGAUAGAGGAUGCCAGUUGACGGCAUCUUCAAGAUCACAUAUUCGAGCAAACAAAGACGAUCAUCAUCUUUCACCAGCGCUGCCGUGCGAAGUGAUUGAAACUUCCCAAAAGUCUUUUUCGGAUAUUAACCGGAAUCAACCAGCGAAUUUUGACAAUACUGAGAGUCUCAACGUCCUCAUGCGAUCGAUGGCGAAGAAAGAAUCAAACUUCCUCGAGACGAUCGGAAGACUAAAAUCUCAGCUCAACUCGACUGAGCGUAAGCAUCAAGACCUUGUGAAGCUCUCAGCAGAUCAGGUGGCAAACAUGUCCUCUGAAAUCGAAGCGUUGCAUGAAAGGCUGAAGAUGUCACAAGCACCUAAUCGUGAAGUUAAUCCUGAACUGCUGCGUGAACAAGAUCUACACGCUGAACAAGACAGGCAGGCCGAAAUACAAGCGCUGAAAGACCUGCAACAAUUGGAACUGGAAAAAGUGAAGAUGGAGCGCAGCGAGAAUUUUAAUCAGCUGUUUAACUUUACCAACGAUAAGCUGAUGGCCAAAGAGGAGGAGCUGCGACAGCUCGAAAUCUAUUGGCAGGCCAAGUUGAAAGCCGAGUUGACAGCUCAGGCCGAUCUCAUUUGGGCCCAGUCUGAUACUCAACAGAGCAACUUGGUUAGAACACAGAUAAAAUCGUUUGGAGCGAAAGCUUCUCGGGAAAGAGAGGCUUUUGAUCGCGAAAUCGAACAGUUGAACAAGAAGCACGCAGAAGAGAUUGAAACGUUAAGAGAAGGCAUGAAUGCAAAACUCAAGAGUGCUGAAAGUGAUUCUGCGAACCGGAUUCAGGAACUCGAAUUGAUGCAUGCACAAGAAAUUGCGCAGGUCACUUCUUCUUUGCCUUCCAGCAUGCAGAAAGUGGAGGAGAGCUCCGACGGAGUUUCCCAGGCUUACGUCGAUGAAUUCCAAACAUGGCACACCGAAAGAAACCAGCUGGAGUCCCGGAUCCACGAGCUUGAAAAUGAGAAGCUAUACCUGAUUUCUGAACAUGAGAUGCGACUAGAGCAACUGAAAGCCGAGCAUGCAACUCUGAUUACCGAACUCCAGGCCGAAAAUGAUGAUACUUUGAUCGGCGCGUUGUCGGAGUUAGAUCAACGUCGAACCAUCAAGUUUCAAGCUCAAUUGAAGAUGGCGCAGGAGAAUCACGUCUUGAAGAUUAAUGAAAUCAAACUGUUUUACGAACAAAAAAUCGAAAUGAUUAACUCGGAAGCCACACAAGCUUACCAGUCGCAAAGUGAAAGCAAGCAAACAUACCCUGAUCUCGCUCGCUCGGUAGUAUCCCCAGAUGUUUAUAGCAGUACCGAUCCAUCUAACAUCAGUGUUAGAGUAGAUAGUACCACGGACACGGCCAUCUUGAAUCCUCGCAUGCUGAAAAAAAUCGAAGAUCAAGAAAGCGCGAUUUCGAAGCUCACCAAGCAGCUUGAACAAUGUGAGGGUAACUUGAGAGCUAACAUAUCUGCAAUCGCUCAACUCGAAGAUGCUCUUAACGACACCGAGCGCAAUCUGAGGAAGUCAAGGCUACAGAUGAACGCCUUGGUUCAAGAACGUGAUAAGAUGUCAAUCCUGAACCAAAGACUAACAAUGGGGCUAAACAGAUCAACUGAGGAAGUCGAACAUCUCAAGCAAUCCUUGCAAGACGAGAAACUAAACCUCGAACGUAGAUUGAGCGAAGAAAAGUUAGCUAAAGAAACCGCCAGGGCUCAGUUAGAAACUAGGAUGCUAGAGGUUCAGAAGAGCCAAGAAAAAAAGAAUAAAUUCAAGUAGGUCUUUUC